AUGGGCCCGAAGAGCAAAACGGUCGCCCUCGCAAGAACCACGCCAGACCAGGCCAGGAAGAAAACAAGGUACUCAGAACACUGGCUCCGGUACUUCCAAUCGGGUGAUCUUGACAUCUGGCAGACCAUGAUGUCUAUUCUAGGCUUCGCCGAUAGCCAUUUGUUUACAAGCAAGAACCAGUGCCGAAAGGCUCUCAAACACACCUGGGUGAACAUAGUAGACUUCUUCGAAGCCAUCGGGACAUCCAGUCCGCCACGAUUCUUCCCCAACAGUUACCAGCUAGGCAGGUAUACAAUCAGAACCGGGAAAUUCUUCCCUAAGAAGUUGUUGCCAAAGGGCAGUCCUCUUCGACAACUAUUCUCUAAAAUUGUCCCCAAACAAGACUGA